GUUACAACUCUCUUCCCCAUAGCUUGCUUCAUGAAGGCAAAGAGACAGCACCACUUGCCCUGGCCUGUAUGGGAGAUACUCCUCCACUUCGUCUUGGCUAUGGUCGCCUUUGUUGUGAUGGGAAUCGGGAUAUACGGUGCCAUUAUUGACUUCUGA